GCCCGCUCAGCUGCCUCUGGCGUGUGGAACAGGUUUCCUCUCAAAAAACCUUCGAGACACGGCAGCAUUCUGAGCAGAGAGUCUCCAGCAGACAAGAAGCAGAAGGUUGAACGCUGCAGCAGCACCCACGACUUCGACCCCACAGAUAGCUCCUCCAAGAAGACAAAGUCUAGUUCUGAGGAGAGUAGAUCCGAGACGUAUGGCCUGGUGCAGAGGUGUGUGGUGAUCCAGCGGGAUGAGAACGGCUUCGGGCUGACGGUCAGCGGGGACAACCCCGUCUUCGUGCAGUCUGUCAAGGAAGAUGGAGCAGCCAUGCGGGCUGGAGUGCAGACAGGUGAUAGAAUUAUCAAGGUGAACGGGACUCUGGUAACACACUCGAACCAUUUGGAGGUGGUCAAGCUGAUCAAGUCUGUGCUACCUUUACACAGACCUGUACAAACAGACCAACUCCAAAGAGACCCGCCGUGUUUUCCUGGAGUUUUACCAGUUUUUCCUGGACAGAGCUGCAAACCUGAAAGUCCCAGUUCCAGAGGAAAUCUCCUUGGAAUUAGACAGGAGAAGGCCAGAGCUCCUCCCUGAGGAGCUGCACCGCCAGUUCAUCCAGACCAUGCAGGAUAAAGUCUGCCCAGAGGUUCAGAGGAACCUGGAAGAUUUCAGGCAGAAGAGGAGCAUGGGGCUGACCCUGGCCGAGGGGGAGCUGAGCAGGCUGGACGCAGAGCGGCUCCGCGACCGCAACGCCGUGGAGAGGGAGAGGAGCUGUGCCGAGCAGAUCCUGGCCAAAAUCGAGGAGGUCCUGAUGACAUCUCAGCCUCUGGAGGAAGACAAGAGCUCCACGAUGCAAUAUGUGAUCCUCACCUACAUGAAACACCUGGGAGUGAAAGUGAAAGAGCCUCGGAACCUGGAGCAGAAACGGGGCAGGAUUGGGUUCCUGCCAAAGAUCAAGGUGUGAAGCAGCCUGGGGAAGCCCCACCUGCCAGCGAGUCCAUGGAUGGCACCCCCCGCACUCCCAACAACACCUUUGAGUUCCCAUCUCCCCUGGAAAACCUGCAGGAGGAGGAGGGAGAGGCUGAGAGGAUGGUUGACAUGGGAACACCGAAGCCUUUUCGCAAGAUGGACAGCGUUGGCUUUGCAGAUGUGCAGAGUGAGGACGAGCUCUAUGACUUCGACAUGGACAUGGACCCUCCCAACUGGCAGCAGCUCGUGAGCAGGGAGGUGCUGAUGGGGCUCAAACCCUACGAAAUCAAACGUCAGGAAGUGAUAAAUGAGCUGUUCUACACGGAGCGAGCCCACGUGCGCACGCUGAAGGUCCUGCACAACGUCUUCUACCAGAGGGUCACCAGGGAGGGCAUCCUCAGCUCCAGUGACAAGAGGAAAAUCUUCUCCAACCUCGAGGACAUCCUUGGGCUGCACGUUGCACUGAACGAUCAGAUGAAAUCUGUCCGAAAAAGAAACGAGACUUCUGUCAUUGGCCAAAUUGGGGAAGAUUUGCUCUCCUGGUUUAGUGGAGCAGCAGAGGAGAAGCUGAAACUUGCCACUGCCACCUUCUGCAGCAACCAGCCCUUCGCUCUGGAGGUCAUCAAGUCCCGCCAGAAGAAGGACUCGCGCUUCCAGACCUUCGUGCAGGAUGCUGAGAGCAAUCCCCUGUGCCGGCGGCUGCAGCUCAAGGAUAUCAUCCCCACGGAGAUGCAGAGGUUGACGAAAUACCCCCUUCUGCUGGAUAACAUUGCUAAAUACACAGAGCUGCCUGAGGAGAAGGAGAAAGUCAAGAAAGCAGCAGAUCACUGUCGCCAGAUCCUCAACCACGUGAACCAGGCUGUCAAGGAGUCAGAGAACAAACAGCACCUGGAGGAUUAUCAGCGGAGACUCGACCUCUCCUACUUGAAGCAGUCCGAGGAUCCCAUGAUGGAUGAGUUCAGGAACCUGGAUCUAACAAAGAGAAAAAUGCUCCAUGAAGGGCCCUUGACCUGGAAGGUGAAUCGUGACAAAACCAUCGAUCUGUACACUCUGCUGCUGGAGGACAUCCUGGUGCUGCUGCAGAAACAAGAUGACAAGCUGGUGCUGAAGUGCCACAGCAAGAUCCUGGCAUCCACAGCCGACAGCAAGCACACCUUCAGCCCCAUCAUCAAACUCAACACCGUGCUGGUUCGCCAGGUGGCCACAGAUAACAAAGCUUUCUUCGUCAUCUCCAUGUCGGCGACGGGGGCUCACAUCUACGAGCUGGUGGCACAGACUGUCUCCGAGAAGAAUGUCUGGCAGGACCUUAUAGCUCAGAUGGCAGGAACUGUGAAGAUGGGGAGCAGCAGGAGAGUGAUCCCACUGCCUCAGUCAGGCCCUGGCGAAGAGGAGCGUGAGGAAGAGGAGCAGCAGAAGCUGAAGGAGCAGCAUGACAUUCCUGCCAGCAGCCUGCAGAGCCCAGAUAAAGAUCUGGGCCUGGAGUCUCCCUUGAUACUGAACCCUCAGUCCUCCUCGCCCAUCCUGUCUGAGAAGGCCAAGGUGGAGGGGCUGCUGGAGGGGCAGUUUGAGAAGGGGCCGCAGGCAGAGCUGGCCCUCAAGGACUCCUCUGGCUGCAGCUCAGCCUCGGUGCCAGAGGGGCAGUGGGCCCGGGAUGCCCUGAGGAACUUGGGGCUGCUGAAGCAGCUC